AAAGAAAUCCGAGUAAGAAAACGGUGAAGAAAAAAAACCAAAGAAGGUGUUGUUAGCCCCCCGCCAAAAUGCUCGCCACUUGUUGUUCCUCCGCUACUCCUCCAAACCCAUCUUUGCCUCCAUUAACAAUAACACCCAACAAUGUCUGCAAUUCAUUCAUACCCAUUAAUCGCCGCAACCUCCUUUCUCUACUCACUCUUUCUACGACCCACUUCUCCGAUUUUGCUUUCAAACCCAUUUCACUCCCUGUGGCUUCUGCUCGUGGCCUCUUUCAGAUGCCCCCCGUUCGCCUCACCAACCGGUAUUUUCUGGUGAGAGCUGGGGAGUCUGAAUUCGAGAGCUUGGGGAUUAUUAAUACGAAUCCCGUUGCCAAAACUUCUGUGGAUAGUGGGUUAUCAGAGAAAGGGAAGAAGCAGACAUUGAAAGCAGCUCUUGAGUUGAAAACUAGAGGUGCUUGUGCAAGGAACUGUUGGAUAUGGCCCUCUAUUACUCAGAGAGCUUACCAGGCUGCUGAGAUCAUUGCUUCUGUUAAUGGGAUUAGCCGAAGCUAUAUUGUCCCAGAGUAUAGCUUUCUGGAUGCUCGUGGAUUGGGAGCCUAUGAAGGGAAGAGCUUGGAAUCCGUUUUAGAAGUUUAUGCAUCAGACAGUAUUUCUCCAAACACAAAGCCACCUCCUAUUGAUGAUGGAACCCCAAAUGAGGGUGUUGCGGAUGUAUUUGUUCGUGUAACACAGCUCAUGUCUAUUCUUGAGACCCAGUAUUCAGGUGAUACUGUGGUUAUUGUCUCGCCAGAUUCUGACAAUUUGACAAUCCUCCAAGCUGGUCUAAUUGGACUUGAUCUGCGAAGGCAUACAGAACUUUCUUUUGCCCCUGGAGAAGUCAGAUUUGUUGAUACAAGUAGCAUACCUGCUUACAAGCAACCUGCAUCUGCUGUAUAUAAGUGUUUUAAUCCACCAAAUUGUAACUAAAAUUAUUUCUUCUCAUGUUAUAAAAACUCAAUCAUGUACCCCUUCAAUGUUAAUUGUUUAUAAUCAUCA